GCUCAACAAUUCACAAGGAUAGCUUAACAUAUACGCUCUACUCAUAAAGCCCCUUACUCUAUAUCGAUUAUACAAUGGCCAAGUUCCCCCACGAAGCCGUCUUCGAGGCCGCCUACCAGGCUGGCGAAAUCCCGGGCGUGGCCCUUGUGGCCGCUGAUGCCACGGGGAAGUUUAGAUAUGAGAAAUCGUUUGGCAAGACGGCUCACGGGGAGCCAUUCAAGACAGACAGUGUUGUGUGGAUGGCGUCCUGUACGAAACUUAUAACAUCCGUAGCGGCUUUGCAACAAGUCCAACGAGGACAUAUUGGCUUAGACGAGGAUGUUGGAAAAGUGCUCCCGGAAGUCGCCGCGUUGAAGGUAUUGAAGGAUUUUGAUGCGGAAGGGAAGCCUAUUUUUGAAGACCGAAAAGAGCCAGUCACUUUGAGAACCCUACUUUCCCAUUCCAGUGGACUCACCAUGGAAAUGUUCUCCCCUAAGCUCCAGCAGCUAGAAAAAUUCACAGGUCCUCCUACGAGUCCUCCCAAGGAUCUCGUGUCCGAGUUCUCACGACCGCUCGUUUUCCAGCCUGGAAAAGGCUGGCAGUACGGCACAAGCAUAGACUGGGCGGGUAAACUCGUCGAGCGGUUUUCUGGACUGUCCCUUGAGGAAUACAUGAAGGCUAACAUCUGGGACCCGCUUAACAUGCAUCACAUAACCUUUGCUCCUAAUUCAAGGCCGGAGACGAAGUCGCGUAAGGUGGGGAUGACUCUCAGGGACAAGGACGGAAAGUUACAUCCGACGACAGAGGGCUACCUGUUCCAAUACGGGGAUAGGGAGGAUGCGUACGGCGGAGCGGCAGCUUGGGGAUCCGCAGAGAGCUAUCUGAACAUACUACAGAGCCUAUGCGCAAACGACGGCCGGGUCCUGAGCAAGGAACUCGUCGACGAAAUGUUCCGACCGCAGUUGGGACCCGAAGGCAAGGAGACUUUGAACCAUAUACUCCAUUCCGACGAGGAGUCCCGACGGGUUAUUGGUAACACGUUUGAUAUAGACCACCAGGUGAUGGAUUACGGACUCGGCGGAGAGAUCGGCCUUGAAGACGAAGUUGGCAGAAGACAGGCCGGGACUAUGUCUUGGGGUGGCCUGCCGAAUUUGAUCUGGUGGAUUGAUAGAAAAGGCGGCUUGUGUGGCGCGUUGUUCACAAACCUGAUACCGAUAGGAGACGCGAAGAUUAUCGAGUUGAUGACGCAGUUUGAGCUGUCGGUCUAUGAGCAGUAUGAAGAAUAUGAGAAGCAGUAGUUUGGCGGUUCUCCUGGUCAAACAUUGCUCUAUGUAAUCUAAAGCGAAUUACGUAUUAAGUAGUUCAAUCAAUAUCGUUGACUACCACGGUGAAGUUCAUUACAGCAUCCGAUAUUUCGGAUGUCUGUAAUCAUCGCAUGUUUUAAUAAUUGAGGUCGUUAUUGACUACGUGUGUAUUUUACGAAGAAGUAACUUAUCUCGACGUUGUGGACGGAAUGAAGUUCAUAAAGAAUUGUUAGAUACC